AUGACAGCCAAUGCACUUAAGUACCCGGCCACGCUAGCCAGUAUGACAGACACCCAACUGAGGUACCCGGCCACGCUAGCCAGUAUGACAUCCACCCCCCUGAGGUACCCGGCCACGCUAGCCAGUAUGACAUCCAUCCCACCGAGGUACCCGGCCACGCUAGCCAAUAUUACAGCCAUUCCUACUGAGGUGCCCGGCCACGCUAGCCAGUAUGACAGCCACCCUACUGAUGUGCCCGGCAACGCUAGCUACCACCCCGCUGAGGUGCCCGGCCACGCUAGCAAGUAUCUAGGCCACCCGACUGAGUUGCCCGGCGACGGAAGCCAGUGUGACAGCCAUCACACUGAGGUGCCCGGCAACUCUAGCCAGUAUGACAGCCACCCCUCUGAGGUGCCCGGCGACGCUAGCCAAUAUGACAGCUAUCCAACUGAGGUGCCCGGCAACGUUAUCCAGUAUGACAGCCACCACACUGAGGUGCCCGGCGACGCUAGCCAAUAUGACAGCUAUACAACUGAGGUGCCCGGCCACGCUAGCCAGUAUGACAGUCACUCAUCUGAGGUGCCUGGUCACGUUAGCCAGUAUGACAGCCACUGCACUGAGGUACCCGGCCACGCUAGCCAGUAUGACAGCCACUGCACUGAGGUACCCGGCCACGCUAGCCAGUAUGACAGCCACUGCACUGAGGUACCCGGCCACGCUAGCCAGUAUGACAGCCAUACCACUUACACGCUUACCAGUAUGAUAGCCACGUCCUGCACUGAGGUGCCCGGCCAUGCUAGCCAGUAUGACAGCCACUCCACCGAGUUGCCCGGCCACGCUAACCAGUAUGGCCGCCACUGCACUCAAAUUCGGAAAACGUCUCCAUCCCCACCCCCACCCCCGCUUUGUGCCUGA